GUUUUCUGCCGGACUCUUCCUGGUUUGAGCUCUAGAGCCGCUGUCAUCGCAGGAGCUCGCAGUGUUUACAGUUUCGACGCGGUCUCUCUUCUCCUCUCUCUGUUAUAAUGGAGAAUUUCGCGCUCCUGCCAGGUGCCUUUCUCUGCGACAGACACAUCUGAGAUCUUGGUUUGUGGUGUUUCUCGCUGACCUGACCAGCAAGUUUCUUUUACCAACGCACUGUAGGUCAUUUUGACUAUUAGUUACCGUGACUGCUCGGUAACCAAAACUAGCGCAAUUUUCUGUAGUAGCGAUCUGCAGGUAUGGGCUUUGCGGAGGACCUGUGGUGCCCUCAGGGUCACGCCGCCCUAAUGAAACUGCAAGACUCUGAGCUGCGUUUGAUGGAGGUUAUGAAGAAAUGGAUGACGCAGAGGGCCAAGAGCGACCGUGAGUUCUCCAUGCAGCUCCAUCAGAUGUCGGCUAUUGUUGAGAAACUGGAAGGUUCUCAGCCUGGAGGAGGUCUCGACUACAUCAGCCAGUUCAAUAAGUCUUGGGACGUGCUGGUCAGUCAGACGGAGAGCUUCAGUCGCAUCAUGCGCAAGCACUCUGAGGAUCUGAUGGUGGGACCCCUGAGCAAACUCACCCUCCUCAUCCGGGACAAGCAGCAGCUGAGGAAGACUUACGGGGAACAGUGGAACCUUCUCAACCAGGAGCUGUGCAGGGUCACCCAAGCUGAGCUGGACCGGCUCAAGUCCAGUUACAGACAGCUAGCACGGGACGCGUCACAGGCUAAAAGAAAGUACCAGGAAGCAAGCAAAGACAAAGAACGCGAGAAAGCGAAGGAGCGCUACAUCAAAGCCACUCUGAAACUGCACGAGCACCACAAUGAAUAUGUGCUGUCUGUGAAAGCCGCGCAGGUGCAUUACCAACACCACUACGGCCAAAGCCAGCCAGCCCUGCUAGGAGCCCUUCAGACGCUGCAGGAGGAAAUGGUGCUUAUUCUGAAGGAGAUUCUGCAGGAGUAUUUCGAUCUGUCUAGCAUGCUUCACGAUGAGGUGGUUAGUGUACACACUGAAAUGGCCAAUGCUCUGAAAGCCAUCCAACCACAGAGAGAGUACGAGAACUUUAUCCAGCAGAACAGGUCGAGAGGAGAGGUUCCUGCAUGUGUGGAGUUUGACAGCAGUUUGUUGGAGGACGCUGAAAUUCUGAAGCCUGAAGAUCUGCAGCUCAAUGAGCUCACAGUAGAGGGGAUCCAGCAUCGGCUCACCGCUGUGGAGGAGGAGCUCCUGGGUCUUGCUAGUACUCUUGGUUCUCAGCAGGCCACGGUUAACCAGCUGGAGCUGGAUCUGCAGACUGAAGAGGUCUCUGCAAACACAGGCCAGAGGGUGUAUCAGUUCAGCAAGCGUAAUGCUCUGGAGGACAGCAGACAGCAGGUAGUUCUGUCCAUGGUGGCUCGAGCUCGUCUGGAGGCCCAGCGGAGGAUUCUGGCCGAUAAACUCGAGACUCUCGGCAGUAAUGAGGCUCCCCCUAUAGGCCUGGAUGAUGAUCGGAUAUCUAUCACAUCCAGCAAUUCAGAGCGUGAUAAAGACCAUAAGCUCCUCAACAUGGACGUUAUCGUCAGUCACCUCAGCAGCUUGUUCAAGCCCAAGUAUACGAGUAGUGUGUUUUAUACAUCUCACCAGGUCCCCCCCGCCCUGGCUCCGGUGCCUGAGGUGGAAAAACCCUUGACCCUGCAGAGCUGGUACCACGGUGCCAUCCCCCGGCUGGAGGUACAGGAGCUGCUGAAGAACGAUGGCGACUUCUUGGUUCGAGAAAGCCAGGGUAAACAGGAGUAUGUGCUGUCCGUGCACUGGGGAGGCCAGUGCCGGCACUUCCUCAUUCAGAGUGCAGACGGUAUGUACCGCCUCGAUGGUGAAGGCUUCAGCUCUGUACCGCUGCUAAUAAAGCAUCUCACCAGCUCCCAUCAAAACGUCACGAAGAGGACCGACAUUGUGCUCAAGAGACCCAUCGUGAAGGACAAGUGGGUUUUGGAGCACGAUGAUGUUAUUCUUGGACAGAGCAUCGGUCGGGGUAACUUUGGUGAGGUGUUCAGCGGGCGUCUGCGUUCAGACAAUACUCCAGUCGCCGUGAAGGCCUGCAGAGAGAAUCUGCCCGCAGAACACAAGAACAAGUUCCUAAUGGAGGCCAGGAUCCUGAAGCAGUACGACCAUCCAAACAUAGUGAAGCUGAUCGGCGUCUGCACACAAAAACAGCCCAUUUAUAUCAUCAUGGAGCUGGUGCAAGGAGGGGACUUUCUAACCUUUCUGCGCACCGAGGGCCACAACCUGAAGACCAAGAUGUUGAUCAAGAUGGCGGACAACGUGGCGUCUGGCAUGGCGUACCUAGAAAGCAAGAAGUGCAUUCAUCGAGAUCUGGCUGCCCGUAACUGUCUCGUGGGUGAGGAGAGCGUGGUGAAGAUCAGUGAUUUCGGUAUGUCUCGUCAGGAGCAGGACGGGGUGUAUUCUGCUACAGGAGGAAUGAAGCAGAUCCCAGUUAAAUGGACCGCACCAGAGGCCCUCAAUUAUGGGCGAUACACCACCGAGAGCGACGUGUGGAGCUUCGGAGUGCUGCUGUGGGAGACCUUCUCCAGAGGAGUCACGCCGUACACCGUACCCCUUAACAUGAAUAACCAACAGACCAGAGACGAGGUGGAGAAAGGGUAUCGCAUGCCGGCCCCAAAUAACUGUCCGGACGAAAUCUACGCCCUCAUGUGUCAGUGCUGGCAGUACGACCCACGAAACCGACCCUCGUUUCGCAAACUAAAGGCGGAUCUGUAUGCUUUAUGUCAGUAAAAUCACGUGUGCAGCUCGUCUUAUGAUGAGGCCAAAGCAAAGAUUUAUUUUUUUAAUUUGUGUGCCACAUAAAAGUACAUUAUAAUUAAGAAUAUUCGAUUUUAUAGAAAUGUUUUGAAUGCUGUGCAGUGUGGUCCAAAUGUUUUUUUUUAUUUGUGACAUCCUGAUGUUUAAAUAAUAAAUAAAUUAUUUUUUGGACUUGACGUGCAUGAUAGCAUAACAUGUACAUUUACCCUUUACAGUAUAAAGAAAUUGUAAAUAAAUCUAUUAAUAAUUAUUAAUAAUAGCAACCUCUUGUUUAGUGAUCAUUUAAAUUGAUUAGUCUAAAUGUCAGAAACGUACUGUAAAUAAAUGUAGUAAUCAUUAGCGAUAAUAAUAUUUAAAAUGACCAAAAAUUCAUUUAUAAAAUUAAAAAUUACAAAAAAGAUCACAAGCAUCACAUGACGUUGAAGACUGGAGUGAUGAGCUUUACAUCACUGAAAUAAAUUACAUUUGAAAACAUUUUAAAAUAAAAAAAAUGUAAAAUGUG